AUGUCCACGAACGAAACGACCGUCAACCCUUUCGAAAGCGUCUUACCGCAAACUGGCGUCUCGAGAAGUGAAAUAUGGAAUGAAAUACAAUCAACCGCUGUCGCCGCGGUGGGAAAAGCGGUCGAAAAUAAGGAGGCCCUUGCCUCCUUCCACGCGCCCACCGCAUUCGCAGAAAUCAUCCGUCAGAUUCGAAAAGAUUAUGCACUACAUGCCGAAAAGUUCGCCGAUCGACCCCGCCAAAUUACACGAUGCCAAGGUGGAGGACUUGUGUUUCUGCCUGGAAUAACGCAGACGCCUAUAGACUUCAUGAUACUUGAACCAAUAUUUUGCAACGGAAAGGCUACAAUUGGAGGCAUUAGUGUAGAUAUGGAUCAUUAUUAUGUCCUCCUGAAGAAAUGCGAUGUUUUUGUCGAAGAUGGUAGCCAAUUAGUCACAGUGGCUAUGAUGUAUAUAGAAUGA